GGUACCGGCAGUUAAUAAUUAAAAUAUUGAAAUGGAAACUGAGGCAAGUUUGCCGAGCAUCUCCAGUGAAUUCAGCUCAUCCGAGGAAGAAGGGGAGGCUGCUGAAGGCAAGAAACAGGAAAUAAAAGAACAGGAAGUACUUGUUGAUGAGGGACCAAAAUACACAAAAGAGCAACUUCAUUCUCUUGUCGAGAAAGUUAAAGCAUUUACUGUGUUAUAUGGUCUUUCUGCAUCAAACUGGUCAGAGGAGGUGUACAGUGUGAUAGAAAAAUUUUUCACAGAGAAAUCUGAAGAUGUGCUCAGCAUCUAUUUUCAUGGAACAACUCUCUGUGCCAGCUUAGGAUAUCCAAACUUUCGUGUUCGUGAUCUUACUUAUUUUGUGAAAGAUACAGCGAGUGAGAUUUCACCAGAAAACUUUUUUGAAAGUGUCACAUUUGGUACCAUAAAUAAUGGAAUUGAACUGUCAAUGUUGAAUAUAGUUGGCAAAAUAUAUGCUCCCCCAUUCUUUACUGCAACUGCAUGGCCAGAUAGUAUCCUUUGACUAUGCUCAUGUGUCAAAAAUGACCUCAGCUCUCACUUGCAUGCUUUCCUUGCUGAUUUGACUGAAUUGCACUAUAAAAUGAUGGGCCUCACAGUCAUUUACAUACCAACUGAAGGAUCUGAUAUUGAUGUGGAGACAGCCAGCAAGGAUAAAGAACUAAUUAAGAGGUUAGAAGGUGUGGUCAUGCACUGGAGCCGGCAGAUACGUGUUGCCUUGGGUGACCAAAACCAAGUUUCUCCAACAGAGCAACUGUGCCCAAAAGAUGAAUUCCAGUUCUGGAUAUAUCGAUACAAAAAUCUUCUUGGAUUGGACUACCAGCUUCAAAACAAAAAUGUAAAGCAUACUAUAGAGAUAUUAAUGACCUCUCAGUGUACUUACAUCAGUCAGUUCAUGUCAGUGAUGGGGGAAAUAACGAAAGCUAUAAUGGAAGCAAAAUCAAAUAUUGAGUUCCUUCAGAUUUUGAACAAACCAUGUGAAGAACUGGAUGAAUUAGACUCUCCUGGUUUAGUCCCACUUCAUUUGCCACAUAUCUUGAAUUUGAUCCGUGUAAUUUGGAUGAGAUCACCAUUUUACAAUACAAGGGGGAAGAUUACAGGUCUGUGCCGUGCUCUGAGCAAUCAGAUAAUUAUUAAAUGCCAGCGUUCAGUAAACCUGGAUGAAAUAUUCUCAGGAUAUACUAGAAAAGGAAUUAAAACAUUAGAGGCCUGCAUCUCAUGCUGUGUAAAGUAUAGAUUUAUUUACGAAAAAAUUGCUGAGGCCCACACGGAAUAUUCUAAAUGCCAGUGGGAUUUAGAUAAAGCAUCAAUAUUCAAUCAUGUUGAUUCAUUCACCCAAAGAUGCCGAGACAUGGUGGAAGUAUGUGAAGCCAUGAGAGUCUUUGGGAGGAUGGAUGAGACAGAAGUAAUACCAAGGCCCAUGUUUGGAGGGACAGAAGGUCCUGAGUUUGAAGCCACAUGUGAUAAAGUUGAGAGCACUUUCCGCUGUAGUCUCCAAGCAAUACAGGAUGUAAAACAUACAAUAUUGGAAGUGCAGGCAACAUCAUGGUACAGUGAUAUUAUCAGGUUCAGAAAUCAAGUAAAAGAGCUUGAAGUUAUCUUAGAAAAUUUAGUAAUAAAAGUUUUUGAAACCAUCAAGAAUGUUGAGGAAGGCAUUGAGGCAUUGCAAGGAUUUUACCAUUAUUACAAACGACCAGCCCUCAAACAGUUAUUUGAAAAGAAGACAGCAGAGGUCUAUAACCUUUUUGUAGAUGAUAUGCUAGUUGCUAAAAAGAGGAUGGUGUCAAAUGAAUACAAUAUUCCUGCUUGUUAUGCAUACUUCUCUGGCCGGGCAAUGAUGUACAGGAUGACAAAGAAACGAAUUGAUCGCUUAAUGAAGUUACUGGAUGAUGCCGAGUGGAUGAUACCUUGUGCAACUGGUGAAAAGACACACUCACAGUAUGAAAGCAUAGUGAAAUGGACAGAAAAUCAAGUGAAAGAUCUUUAUCACAAAUGGAUUGACACACUAGAUGAAGAUGUCAAUGCUAGGCUGUGUCGACCUCUGAUGUGCCACAGUUUGAUAAAUCCAGGUUUAAUUGAGUGCAAUUUUGAUGGAAAGCUGAUUAACAUCUGCCAUGAAGCAAGUUACUGGGAAUUGAUGAAAUUUCCAGUUCCAUCCCAUAUAACAAAGAUAUAUAACAAGUGGCAUGAUUUGAAGAUACUAUAUGAAAGCAUAGUAACAAUUGCUCAGGGCUUCAACAAGAUAGUAACAUCUUUAUCUGAUUCUGAGCGGUUACUCUUCAGAGAAUCAAUAAAGGCUUGCAAUAAGAAGAUUAAACCAGGACUUACAUCUUUAAAGUGGAACAGUGACGUGUCUGAUAUGUAUAUUUCAGAAUGUCUUACAUGUAUAACAGAGCUUCAAGACUUCGUUGAUGAUUUUAAGAAAUCAAAUUUGGAAAUUGUAAGGAUCUGUGAAAAAGUUUGUGAUUCCCCGCUAAUAUUAAUCGAGCCAAUGAGGUCUUUUGAAUUACCAGAACUAAAAGAUCAUUUGAAUCAUUACAGCCUGAUAUGUACUCUGAGCUGGACUAUAGCAUUCUUCCAAAAUCCCAUAAUACGUUGUGCUACAAUUUCAAAGUUGUUUAUACCUAGUAUAGAACAUUAUAAAGAAACAUUCUUGUCACUCAUUCAGUAUAAUGUCGGAAGUGUAGUACCAACGCCAGUCAUCUGGUGUUCCUGUUAUCACAAUAUGUACUACAAAUCUACUGUAUCAAACCCAUUAUCCAUUCAGAAGGGGCCAUCAAGAUAUUUAGCUUUGUUGAGUUCUCUCGUUACCUUUUUGGUGAGUUCCUUUUGUCCAUUAUUUGGCUUUGAAGGAAUUCUCAAAGUCUGUACAAUGUAUAAAUUCCCACAAAUUCAUUGUAACCUAUUGGCCACUGUGACUUCUAAAUGUCUUUAUGACAUGCGUCUCUUUAUUCUAAUAACCAGGUACAGAGCCUUUAAAUUCCUUAGAGAAUAUGACAGGAUGUUGCUCUCCAGCUGGUUUGAAUGUGGGAAAGAGGUUUCUUCCUUUAUUUGGUGGUUAAUUUCUCCAACAAAAUUGUUUCUGCAUGUGUUAAAAUUGAAGCUGCAAUGGUUUCACUACCAUUCAGCAUAUGAAUAUAUGUUCUUAAUGUUACCUUGUAUAUCUAUCAUACUUGAUAUUUCAAAACUUGGACCACAUUAUUUUCUAUCUGGGCUGUUUUAUGCAAGGAUACUGGAGACUAAGGUACUGAACAUCCAGGAAUAUAAAUGUGUCCACCUUAUAUUGCUGGGUGGCUCGUCAUUAACUGUGCAUGACAUGUCAAGGGUGAAUAAAUGCCAAGUGGACACUGGACAUUGUGUGGUACCAGUGUCUAAUCAGUUUUUCCAUGCAGUGAGGUACCAUCAAUGCCAAUUGUCUUUGUCAUUAGCAGUGUCAAUUAUAGGAGUUUGUCAAGCAUUGGUUUCUUCAUUAGUGAAAUUACACAGUGAUGAAUCCAUCACAUCAUUUGGCUGCAGAAUACGUGUUACCAUGGAUGGUGUAAUUCAAGUUAUCAGCAGCUAUUAUCAAGAAAUAAUGCAGUAUCUAAAGAUUGUGUAUGAGGGAUUUGGUGAGCACAUUGAAAUGGUGAGGCAUGUUAUGUUGCAGAGUUUUAAUGCUGAUUUUAUAGUAGAAUGUAAGGGGAAGAGAAACAGAAAAUAUCUAAACAUUCUGAGAAGCAACAGUGGGAAUAAAGAGAGUGGUAAAGGUGGGUCUGAUAUAGGUAGAAUUCAGGAGUAUGGCAGCAUGAAAAGAUAUGUUGAAGAGCAAACUUUGGAUUUUAUAUGUGCUACAAAUGUGAGUAUGACAGCUAUUACUGGCAUGGAUUGUGAGGAGAAAAACUCGCAGAGUAUAAGGAUAAGCAAUUAUAUAUAUGUUACUAUAUCAGCUUGGCACCAUGUCCAUCAUGAACCAAAUGGAAUUCUUAUUUUUUAUGUUGCCAACAUAAUUAUAAUUAUGGAGGCUCAGUGGUCCAAUUAUGUUCUGCGCAUGGAUUCAAUGUUUGAGGAGGCUUUGCAACUCUGUAUUAAAAACUCUCUUGGAGUUAUGUAUGUUAUACUUCAUGGAGAUGGUACUAUUGGUCCACAGCCAUUGAUUAAAGUAGACGCAAUUUUGAUGGACAAAAAGAUUACCUUUGAUCCUUCAGUUAACAGUAUAUCUCGGUUGUUUAAAAAUGUCUUGAGAAGUUUGGUUGACAGCUUGGCAUGUUUUUUACGCUUAUAUGAGAAAUGGAAUAUUACCUGCCAAGACAAACUUCCAUAUCAUGUUGUUAUACAGCAGAAUGAAGAGUGUUUGAAACUUCAAGCACAACUGAAUCAAGGACAAUGCGAAAAGAUGUUAGAAAUAACAUCAAUUAAUGUAGGAAGGAAAGAAACCACCCAGAACAACUUUUAUAGAGAAAAGGACAUGACAUAUACACAACAUAUACUCAUUAAUCAUCUGGUGAUGGUACAGGAGACAUAUCGUACAUAUAAUUCCUUGUAUAAAAUUAUAGUAAGAGUUGUAGUUAACAUAAUAAAACUAAUGAACUUAAGUUAUCAGUUUAUCCUCAACAAACUCUUCCACCAGCUACUAUAUUCACUAAAUUCUUCUGUUCACUGUGGAAUCGUAAAUGCAUGUGGACUGCCAUUUCUACCCACAAGCAGUCGACACCUUCCAGUGAGUGACGUGGUAUAUUCAGACUGUUGGUACAUGGAGUUCAUACUUUACUCUGUACACUUCGCAACAGGAUAUUUUUCACUAUCACUACAGCAUUCCCAUCCACCAUUAAUUGUAGCAUCGGUUGAAUUGCAAAUGACAAUGGCGCAACAACUUGCUUUGUUUCAAUCAUUGGUGCUUCACCGGCAUCAUUGCUUGACAGUGGUUGCGGUGCACCAGUGCUGGGAUGUGGAGUUGGAAAUAGGGCUAACAUGUCCAUUUUGGAUUGUCCAGCAAAUGAAUGGCAAGAUUGCUAUAUUCAACUUGCUGCCAGAUACAGUUUCCCUUAUGCUUGACCAUAGCUUAGUAACAAAGUUUGAUGCUUCAGUAACAUCACUUGUAGUGCUGCCGAAGAAGUCACAGGAUAUGAACCCUGAAAUGGGCGAUCCACCCAUGGAAAAAGAUGGUAACUAUUGUCUUUGGCAUAAAUACGCCGAGCAGUGCAUGGCCAUGUUGAGUAAUUUUAUUGUGUUGGCAGGCGGUGCAUUGGCAAUCAUAACUAUUGCAUUCUGCACCGAAACUUGGCCACAUAAAAUCUUGUUUGAUCAGUUUGGUGGUGUUGUGGACCCCUGGAUUGAUGUAACAGUAUUUGGUCUUGUCUGCUAUAACAUGUGCCAGAACAAAGUGGCUCUCCGCCUUGCAAACAAAGGGAUUUUGUUGCCAGAAUGGAGGUGGCUUCACUGCAGUGCAGCUGACUACCAUUCUGUUGUUGCUGCUGCCCUUGAGGUUGAGACCAAUAUAAACCAUCUCUAUGAAUACGUGAAUCAUUGGAAUGUUUAUAAAUCAGUGUGGUCUCUUGACAAAGAUUUGUUUAUAAGUCAUUAUGAAAAUGACAAACGCUCAGCAGAGGCAUUUGACGCUGACAUUAGCAGUGUAGAUCCAACAAACUGUGUUAUCAUUCUUGUGGAUUACUGUUGCCAGCACAAACAGGACUUAUCAGGAGCUUGUGCCAUAACAAAAAUUGUAUCUUUUGUAUUUUAUAUGAUACCUGAAAGCCUCAAAUGGACCAAAUAUCAAGUAAAAAUACCAGCAGAUGAAACAAUUCAUGGGUGGUAUUACACAUUUUGUGAGACUGGCUGCCUAUGUGCUGCAAAGAAACCAGGCUGGCCAGAACUGUUGGCCAAGAAGGUUGAAAGGAUAAAGUAUACUGAGACCAUGGUAAUUGUUUUAAAAUCUCCACAAGUACCCACUACUUCACACUACUUCAGCAUACACAACUAUAAGUGCUGCCCCCCAACAAGGACACAAAAAGUCAUCAGGCCACAACAGAUUUCUAUUCAUAAGAUUGCUAAUAUCAACAAUGACAUGAUGGGAUGUGUACUGCAAGAGUUUGAUUAUCAUAUUGAAGAAAGAUUCUCAAGACAAAAAGUAAAAGAAAAAUUGAAUAGUUGCUGCGAAGAGAAAACAGAUACUGGAUCAGAAGCAGUGAAAAAUGGCAAAGACUCAACUCAGUUCAUUGGUACUUUUGUAGGAUGUUGUGAAAACAAAGAAUGCCACACUCUGGUUACAAGAAUUUUCACUUCCAGUUCCUGGAAAGAGAUAUACUCUGAAGAAAUUCAGCUUCAAGAUAGCAGUGAUAAGGAGAGGAAUCUUCCAUUUCUUUUUGAAAGAAAGAAUGUAUUUUCAUUUUCAAAUGAAAUUAAAACCCAAAAUCUUGGAGCUUAUGACCAGAUUGUAUUGCUAGCCACGGAAAAUGCUAAAAGUGUGGCAUUUUCGAUAUGGAGUCAAGACCUCAUUCAAUGUCUUCCCAGUGGCUCUCAUGUCCCUGAAAUAAGAGGUCCAAAAAUAGAUUUUUAUGGUGUUCUUCCAACUAAGACAGUUUCCAACCUACUUAAGUGUGAUGUCAGUUAUUCAAAGUCUGGAUUGCUGUGUCAUCAAUUGCAUGGAGUAUUUCCAAAUAUGGUUUUUAUUUUUAAAAAGGGUAUGUGGCCACAACUGACAUCACUUUGUGUUCACUUUCUUAAUACACUAAGGUUCAGUGAUGAGCAAGAUCUCAACAGCAUUAUGCACAAUACAUUCAAAAUUGGUGUUAUCACUGUACUAGUUUCCAAGCAAAUAAUGAAGAGGCAUAUACUUCGUAGUGAUUCAUUGUUUCUGCCAGUUUUCACCACAGGGGUGCUGAACCCUCACUUUGCAGUAUUGGUCAACAGAGGAAAAUUUUGUGACAUUGGGCUUAUUUGCCAAAUUGAAUUAGGGCCAGCAGUAGUGAAAUAUGAACAGUAUGUGAAAGAAACAAGAUCAUCAACACCAAGUCCCAGCCUUGAUUUGUUCAAAAAGGUGCAGCCACAUUGGGAGGUCCAAGAUGGUAGCACUGUUGACCACGUUACUGCUACUUCCACUCCAGGAUUCUUACUUCAUCUUAAGAAGUGUCUAAUACUUUUAAAGUGUUGUAACAGACAGUGUCUGAAGUCAGAUCAAUCAUGUAGUAUUGUGAUAGUACCAUUUGUAGUGUUCAAGAAUUUCUGUUGCAGUAUAAUGUUCUUUGCAGCUUUUGGCAGUUUUAGUGCUCCAGAACCUAAAACACAUGCUUCUUUAACAAUGCUCAAUGUUGGUAUUAACAUGCUUCAGCCCUGUUACCAGCAGUAUGGUGUGGUACACAAAAAUCUUCCUCAUGGUCCUGAUUAUCUUUGUCACCACCACCACCACCACUACCACCAUCACCACCAUUGUUAUCACCACAUACUUCAGUUUGUUCAUUCACCACAGCACAAAAUAGCUUUGCUACAUCUAUCUGGGAUGUGCACUAAAUUGAUAACAGUAAAACCUAGAAAAUUUUUGCUGUACACAGAAAUUGCUAACAAUGUACAAAUGGAAGAUACAAUUUCAUUUGUUUACUUCUCUGAAGUUAAUGCAGCUGCAGUAAAGAAAUCUAUCAUUAUGCACUGUGUGGAAUGGCAGAAGAAACUGACAGAAUUGUUGUGCCGUACAACAAAUGAUAUGAUUUUAGAUUUCUACAAGUAUAUGGAGGAUUAUUCGAGAAAUUGCAAAGUGACUGUUCGUCAGCCCUACAGAGUCAUUAAAGGGUUGAAAGAUGAUAAACACAAAUGGACUAUCAAAACAGUUGCUGUUGAGGAAUGUAUUCUUGAUGAGCAUUCUUUCAUCAGAUUCAUAGUUCCUACCUAUGUGUCUUGCUCUUGCAUAUCACUUUAUAAUAUCCCCAGGCAGAAAAUAAAUGAGGAUAACAGUCUAAGAUCAAAAUGUCCUUUAUGUAACACCUAUUCAGCAGAUGUGAAGACCUAUUUUCUACAUGAGCUAUUAAUGCAUGAACCACAAGACUUAGAUGAGCUUGAUAAUGCAAUGAGGCUGCAUGCACGUCUUACUGAAGAAGUACAAAGCAAAGAGAAAGAAUUUCCUGUUAUUAACACAAGAUUUCAAAUCCUGGAACGCCAUGAAGCUGAUAUCCCUUUAGAAAUGAACAAUGGUAUCAAAUUUCUACCAAGUACAUGGGAGCAGUAUUGUGAGCUGUUGUAUGGUGAAGCUACUGAUUUAGUGGAGAGAAAUAAGGAGAGAUUUCGUUCUAAUCUUCUGGAUACUGCACAGACUUUCCAGAAAAAUGCAACUCAACUUCUCGAUACUUUUUUGACAACUGGGCCAUUUACAUCAGCUUGUAAUGCAAAAGAUGCUCUUGCUUUACUCCGUACCAUAAGAGAAGGUUUAGAAAAUCUUCGUGCAACUGAAACACAAUUAAAAACUGACCUGGGAAUGUUUAAAAUUUCACUAUUGGACACACCAGAACUGGCAACACUGGAAAAGGAAUUAGCAGCAAUAGAGGUUGUUUGGGAAUUGACAAACCAAUGGGAUGAAGCAUGGGAGUCUUACAAAUCAGGUUCAUUUUGGACUAUUGAAGCAGAAGAGAUGGAAAAUACGGCACAAACAUUAUUUCGGAAGCUUACAAGGCUGUCCAGGGAGUUGCGGGAUAAAAACUGGGAGAUUGUGGAGAAUACUAGACAGAGAGUUGAUGCAUUUCGCCGAACCUUGCCUCUGUUGUCAGAUCUCAAGAAUCCAGCUAUGAGAAAAAGACAUUGGGAUAGUGUCAAGAAAAUAAUGGGAGUUGAUUUCGAUCAGGAUUCACCAGAUUUCACACUUGAUGUGAUAAUGGAAUUGAAAUUUCAGAACUAUGCAGAGCAUAUAAAUGAAAUUUCAAAUGCAGCUGCAAUGGAAUUAUCAAUUGAAACUGGCCUGAAACAAAUAACUGAGAUAUGGAGGACUAUGGAAUUGGAUAUGGUACCUCACAAAGACAAAGGAGUUUUCAGACUGAAGAGUAUUGAUGAAGUUGGUCAGGCACUAGAGGAGAAUCAGGUCGCAUUAUCAGCAAUGAAAUCAACUAGAUUUGUGGAGGCAUUUGCAAAAGAAGUGGAUUAUUGGGAACGUACACUUUCCUUAAUCAUGGAGACUUUGGAACUAGUUUUGCUUGUUCAGAGGCAGUGGCUUUAUUUGGAGAACAUAUUUUCUGGUGAAGAUAUAAGAAAGCAGCUUCCAAAGGAGACAGAUGAAUAUGAUAAAGCAACUAAUAUAUGGAAAGACCUCAUGUUCAAGAUGUAUAAAGAAAAGAAUGCAUUGCGUGCAACAACAGAGAAGGGUGUUUGGGACAAAUUAACUGAUUUGAACAGCAGACUGGAGGCCAUCCAGCGAGCACUGGAAAAAUAUUUAGAGACAAAGCGACAUAUUUUCCCACGAUUUUACUUUAUUUCUAAUGAUGAUUUGUUAGAAAUAUUAGCACAAGCAAGACGGCCAGAAGCCAUUCAACCACAUUUAAAAAAAUGUUUUGACAAUAUCAAUAAAAUUAAAAUACAGAAGGUAAGAACUUAGAAACAAAAUAAAUAUGAAGCUCUUGGAAUGUUUUCUGCUGAUGGUGAAUAUGUUGAGUUUACCCAAAUUUUGGUGCUGGAUGGACCAGUUGAACUCUGGCUGUGUGAACUUGAAAGGACUAUGCGUUGCACUUUAAGAAUUCAGUUGAAAAACUGCAGAGCUUCACUCAGAAAAAAUUUGACAAAAAGAGAUGUUUGGAUAAAAGAUUGGCCGGGUCAAAUGUGUAUUACUUCCAGUCAGAUCCAGUGGACUACAGACUGUACGCGCACAUUAAUGUAUUGUAAAGUUCUGGAAACAAGAAGCCCAUUGAAGAAGCUCAGACGAAAGCAGAAUCAAGUUUUGGGUAAAUUCUCAGAUGCUAUCAGGGGCAGCCUUACAAAAAUACAAAGACUCAAAGUAGUAGCUUUGGUUACUAUUGAAAUUCAUGCAAGAGAUGUGAUUGACAAGAUGUACAGAUCCAAUUGCAUGGAUGUAACAGCAUUUGAAUGGUUGUCCCAGCUACGGUUUUAUUGGGACCGUGAAAUUGAUGAUUGUAUUAUACGUCAAACUAACACAUAUUUUAACUAUGGAUAUGAGUAUCUGGGAAAUUCUGGCAGACUUGUGAUAACACCACUCACAGACAGGUGCUACAUCACAUUAACUACAGCAUUACAUCUUCAUCGUGGUGGAAGUCCAAAGGGACCUGCUGGCACAGGAAAAACAGAGACUGUGAAGGAUUUGGGAAAAGGUCUGGGCAGUUAUGUCAUUGUUGUGAAUUGUUCAGAAGGCUUGGACUAUAGGAGUAUGGGACGCAUGUUCUCUGGACUUGCACAGACUGGUGCAUGGGGUUGUUUUGACGAAUUUAAUCGCAUCAACAUUGAGGUUUUGUCUGUGGUUGCACAACAGAUUUUGUCUAUCCUCUCAUCAUUGUCACAAGGGGCCAAAAGAUUUGUCUUUGAAGGGUGUGACAUCAGUCUUGUUAAAACUUGUGGCAUAUUCAUCACUAUGAAUCCAGGCUAUGCUGGUCGCACAGAACUGCCUGACAACUUGAAAUCAAUGUUUCGCCCCAUAUCAAUGAUUGUACCAGAUAGUGCAAUGAUUGCUGAAAUAAUAUUAUUUGGUGAAGGAUUUAGAGAAACACGAAUUCUUGCAAAAAAGGUUUACACAUUAUACUCCCUAGCAAUGCAACAAUUGAGUAAACAAGACCAUUAUGAUUUUGGACUUCGAAGCAUGGUUGCUUUGCUCAGAUAUGCUGGCCGUAAAAGAAGAGGGUUUCCAGAUCUUCCAGAUGAAGAAGUGUUAUUAUUGGCCAUGAAGGAUAUGAAUAAUGCCAAACUUACUUCAGAUGAUCUCCCAUUAUUCAACGGAAUUACGUCUGAUUUGUUUCCACAAGUGGAAGUCCCUGUUUUAGAAUAUGAUGAACUUACAGCUGCAAUAAAGGCUGAAUUAAAGGCAGAAGGUCUACAGGUGAUAAAUUGCAGUAUUGUGAAAAUAAUACAAUUGUAUGAGACAAAGAACUCACGGCAUUCAACAAUGAUAGUAGGUAAAACUGGUGCUGGUAAAUCAGCAACAUGGCGCAUGCUCCAAGCAUCACUUAGUCGCUUACGAAAAGAAGAAAAACCAGGAUAUAAUCUGGUUAAGACAUUUCCUAUCAAUCCCAAAGCUUUGACUUUGGGUGAACUUUAUGGUGAAUUUAACCUUGCAACAAAUGAGUGGUUAGAUGGUGUUCUGUCUUCCAUAAUGCGUGUCACCUGUUCAGAUGAAUUACCUGAUGAAAAAUGGAUAGUCUUUGAUGGACCAGUGGAUGCCGUCUGGAUUGAGAAUAUGAAUAGUGUGAUGGACGACAAUAAGGUUCUGACAUUGAUUAAUAGUGAGAGGAUUACAAUGCCAGAGCAGGUUUCUUUAUUAUUUGAAGUAGAGGAUUUGGCUGUUGCAUCACCUGCAACUGUAUCACGAUGUGGAAUGGUCUACAAUGAUUAUAAAGACCUUGGUUGGUGGCCAUAUGUUAAUUCAUGGCUUCAAAAGCAGCCUUGUGAAGACUAUCAGAAUGAGAUGCGAAGCUAUUUUGAAAGAUAUGGAACUUUGAUAUUGGAUUACAAGCGACUAAACUGUGUUGAAACAGUUCCUAUUUCUGACUUCAACGCUAUGACUUCUUUAUGUAAGCUUCUUGAAUGUUUAGCCACAAAAGAAAAUGGAAUUAAUCCAGCAGAUGAAGACAAUUUUCCACUGAUGGUCAAACUGUGGUUUCUGUUUUGCAUGAUAUGGUCUCUCUGUGCUUCAGUGGAUGAAGAGGGUCGUAAAAAACUUGACACUCUUAUUCGUGGUAUGGAAGGAUGCUUUCCCUUGAAGGAUACUAUUUAUGAAUAUUAUGUGGAUGUAAGAUCUCGCAACUUUGCCUGCUGGGAAGUUAUGCUUACAGGAAAUUGGAAAUUUGAUAAAGAAUUACCGUUCUUCAAGAUUAUUGUUCCAACAGUUGAUACUGUACGUUAUCAGUUUCUUGUUUCAGUACUCCUUUCAAACAGUUAUCCUGGACUCCUUGUUGGACCUGUAGGAACAGGAAAAACAUCUACUGCACAAACUGUCCUUGAUUCAUUGGAUCGUUUGAAAUUUUCCUUGCUUGUACUGAACAUGUCCGCUCAGACAACAUCUCAAAAUGUGCAAGAUACCAUUGAGGGCCGAGUGGAAAAAAGAACAAAAGACAUCUAUGUACCUGUUGGAGGCAAAAUAAUGAUAACAUUUAUGGAUGACCUCAAUAUGCCUGCAAAAGAAGAGUAUGGCUCACAGCCUCCUCUUGAGCUAAUUCGUCAGUGGAUAGAUUAUGGCUUUUGGUAUGAUCGACAAAAGCAAAAAAAGAAGUACAUCAAGGACAUGCAGCUAAUGGCAGCAAUGGGUCCUCCUGGUGGUGGUCGCAAUACUAUUUCUAACCGCUUGAUGAGUCGGUUCAAUCUUAUAAAUAUGACUUUCCCGAGCACAACUCAAAUCAUUCGAAUUUAUGGCUCCAUGCUGACCCAGCAGUUAUCUGAUUUUGAUGAAGAGCCGAAAUACAUUGCUCAUGAAAUAACACUUGCAACAAUUGACCUGUACAAUGCAGUUUGUUCCAAAAUGUUGCCAACACCAACAAAAAUUCACUAUCUUUUCAACUUGCGAGAUAUAUCAAAGGUUUUUCAAGGUCUGUUGAGAAGUCACCGUGAAUACCAUUAUACAAAAAAUAGGAUGCUGAGACUAUGGGUCCAUGAAUGUUACAGGGUAUUUAAUGACAGACUUGUUGAUGAGAGAGAUAUUGAAUGGUUUUUUAACCAAAUGAAUGAUCAGCUGGGAAAACAUUUUGAUUUAACAUUUUCAAGUGUGUGUCCUGAGAAAGAGUCUCCCAUCUUUGCUGACUUCAUUAGUAGCUAUGGAUUCUAUGAAGACAUAACAGAUCUGGCUGCACUGAGGAGACAUUUGGAAGGCCAAAUAGAAGAAUAUAAUGUCACCCCUGGAGUUGCCCGUGUGGAUCUUGUCUUAUUCAAAUUUGCCAUACAGCACAUUUGUCGCAUAGUCCGUGUAAUCUCUCAGCCAAGAGGAAAUAUGUUGUUAGUAGGCAUAGGUGGCAGUGGAAGACAGUCUUUAUCUCGUGUUGCAGCAUACAUAUGUGAAUAUCAAACAUUUCAAAUUGAAGUUACAAAACAAUACCGAGUCCAGGAAUUUCGUGAAGACUUAAAAACAUUAUACACAGUCACAGGAGUUGAAAAUAAAGCCACUACAUUUCUAUUUAAUGAUACACAGAUUGCAGAUGAAGCCUUUGUUGAAGUAAUUAAUAAUGUCUUAAGUAGUGGAGAAGUACCAAAUCUAUUCAAGGCAGAGGAGUUCGAUGAAAUACGAAACAAGCUCUCGGCGACAGCAGCAAAAGAAGGGGUUUCUCCAACAACAGAAGCAAUGUAUAAUUAUCUUAUAGCGAGAACUCGUGCCAAUUUACAUAUUGUUUUAUGCCUCAGUCCAAUUGGUGAUGCAUUCAGAAACAGACUGCGUCAGUAUCCAGCUUUAAUAAACUGUACAACCAUUGAUUGGUUCUUGGAAUGGCCUCAAGAAGCCCUGCUUGAAGUCGCUAGCAAGUAUCUUGGAACAGUUAACUUCUUGGAAAAUAUAAAAACAAUGGGUUCAGAGGAACAAGUGAAAAUGGAUAAGGACAUGUUGGAAGAGCAGGAAAGACUGAGAGACGCUGUAGCAAGGAUAUUUGCUACAAUCCAUGAUUCUGUUUCCAAGUGGUCUAAAAAAAUGCUGAUUGAAAUGAAGAGGCACAAUUAUGUCACACCAACAAAUUAUUUGGAACUUGUUGCUGGAUAUAUUUCUAUGUUGCAUGAAAAACGCUGGGAAACAGCAAAUGCUGCAAAUAAACUGAGGAAUGGUUUGUUUAAAAUUGAUGAUACUCGUGAAAAGGUGCAGUUAAUGUCUGUUGAACUGGAAGAGUCACAAGUGAAGGUGGUAGAGUUCCAGCAACAGUGUGAUGAAUACCUUGUAACGAUUAUGACACAGAAAAGAGAGGCAGAUGAACAACAGAAGUCGGUAGCUGCAAAGAGCUUAAGAAUUGGUGAAGAGGAAGCAGCCUGCAAAAAGCUUGCUGAUGUUGCCCAAGCAGACUUGAACCAGGCAAUGCCUGCUCUAGAAGAAGCCAUGAGGGCAUUAGAUGCCUUGAAUAAGAGAGACUUAACAGAAGUAAAAUCUUAUGGACGGCCCCCAGCACGAGUGGAAAUGGUGAUGGAAGCUGUGAUGAUACUGAAGCAGGUGGAGCCAACUUGGGCUGAAGCUAAACGUCAGCUUGGUGAUGCAAAUUUUUUGAACCAGCUUAAAGAUUUUGACAAGGACAACAUAUCAGAUAAAACUUUGAAAAAAAUUGCGGAAUACACCAGAAAUGAUGAAUUUGAGCCAGAGAAAGUUGGCAUUGUCUCAUUUGCAGCAAAAUCACUUUGUCUCUGGGUGAUUGCAAUUGAGAAAUAUGGAAAGAUUUACAGGGUUGUGGCACCCAAAAAGGCUAAGUUAGAAGAAGCAAUGAAAACUCUCCAGGAAAAACAAGAUGAGUUGCAAGCUGCUGAAAACAAAUUGCGGAAGAUUUCUGAACAACUUGAAAAGCUUCGAUUGGAAUAUGAAGAUAAAAUGAAGCAGAAGGAAGAGCUUCGACAGAAAUCAGAAGAUUUGCAACAAAAGCUGGAAAGAGCUACAAUGCUUGUAGAAGGCCUUGCUGGUGAAAAGGUCCGAUGGGAACAAACUGUGAAACUUCUGGAUGGAGAGUUUAAUUGUUUGCCAGGAAAUGUUCUAAUUGCUACAGCUUUUGUUUCAUAUUUGGGACCUUUUGUGUCACAAUAUCGUGAUCAGUUAAUCACUAUGUGGAAGAAAGCUGUUGUGAAAGACGAGAUACCAGUGUCAAAUGUCUUUAACAUUACAACUUUCCUUGCUGAUCCAACAAUGAUUCGAGAAUGGAACAUUCAAGGGCUUCCAUCAGAUGAAUUUAGUACAGAGAAUGGAAUUAUUGUCACCAGGGCAACAAGGUGGCCACUUCUAAUUGAUCCACAGUGCCAGGGCAUGAAGUGGAUCAAGAAUAUGGAAGGAAAAAAUGAUUUAAAAGUCAUAGAUUUUGGCCAAGCAGAUUUCAUGAAAACUCUGGAGCAAGCAAUGCAGUUUGGAAAACCUGUGUUACUACAGAAUGUACUAGAGGUUCUGGACCCAUCACUGCAGCCUAUUCUUAACAAAGCUAUUAUCAUCCAAGGUGGUCAGAUGCUAAUAAAAUUAUUUGACAGAUUGGUGCAGUUCAGCCCAGAAUUUAGAUUUUUUAUUACAACAAAACUGGGAAAUCCUCAUUUUGCUCCAGAAAUUUCAACCAAAACUACACCUGUAAAUUUUGCAGUCAAGGAAGUUGGACUUGAGGCACAGCUUCUUGGAAUUGUGGUCCGUAAAGAGAAGCCAAAGCUAGAAGAACAAAAAGACAAUCUAGUGCUGAAUAUUGCAGCUGGUCGACGUACUCUGAAGGAUUUGGAGGAUGAACUGUUGAGACUACUUUAUGAGACAAAAGGCUCACUACUUGAUGAUUUGCAAUUGCUUAUAACACUACAAACUUCACAGGCAACCUCUGUUUCUGUAAAUGAACAACUCAAAGUAGCAGAAACAACAGAAACUGAAAUUGAUGCAGCACGUGAGGGAUAUCGUCCAUGCGCAAGAAGAGCUUCUAUUCUUUUCUUUGUGUUGAAUGACAUGAGCCAAAUUGAUCCAAUGUAUCAGUUCUCUUUGGAUGCGUACACUUCUUUAUUUACAAUGUCCAUAGAAAAAAGCAAAAAAAGUGAAGAUUUGGAGCAGAGAAUAUCUUUCCUCAAUGAUUACCACACCUAUGCUGUCUACAGGAACACAUGUCGAGGUCUGUUUGAACGACACAAAUUACUUUUCUCGUUUCAUAUGUGUAUGAAGAUACUUGAAGCAAUGGGGAAAGUUAAUUCAUCAGAAUACAAUUUUCUUCUUAGAGGGGGUGUUGUUUUGGAUAGGGAUGAACAACUGGAUAACCCCUGCCCUGGAUGGCUGUCAGAUCAAGCCUGGGAUAAUAUUACUGAACUAGAUAAAUUAGGAGGAUUUCACGGUGUUGCUGAUUCCUUUGAGCAAUAUCCAAAAGACUGGCAAGUAUGGUACACACAAAAGGAACCAGAAGACCAACCUCUGAUAGGUGAUUGGGAAGGUGUCUGUACAAAAUUUCAGCGCAUGCUAUUCGUGCGUUCUUUAAGACCAGAUCGCAUGUCAUUUUGUGUGUCAGCAUUUGUAGUGAACACCCUGGGUCAGCGGUUCGUGGAGCCACCUGUGCUUGAUAUAAAAUCUGUUCUCGCUGACUCAACACCAAUGACACCUCUUAUAUUUGUGCUGUCACCAGGUGUUGAUCCCACAGGAUCUCUUAUACAAUUGGCAGAGUCAACAGGAAUGUCUGCACGUUUUCAGAGUUUGUCACUUGGCCAAGGCCAAGCUCCAAUAGCUACAAGGUUAAUCAAAGUUGGUGCGAGAGAAGGUCACUGGGUUUUUCUUGCCAACUGUCACCUUUCACUGAGCUGGAUGCCAAAGCUUGACAAAAUUAUUGAAUUGCUACAAACAGGAAAGGCUCAUGAAGAUUUCAGAUUAUGGCUCAGUUCCAGUCCUCAUCCAGAUUUUCCAAUCUCUAUUCUUCAAGCUGGCAUAAAAAUGACAACAGAACCUCCAAAGGGUCUGAAGGCAAACUUGAAACGACUCUAUCAGCUCAUUACCCCUACACAGUUUUCUAUUUGCAAGAAUCAAACAAAGUAUCGUCGACUGCUCUUUUCUCUCUGUUUUUUCCAUUCAAUUUUGUUGGAAAGGAAAAAGUUUCAACAACUAGGUUGGAAUGUUGUCUAUAGUUUUAAUGACUCUGAUUUUGAGGUUUCUGAAAAUCUGUUACAAAUAUACCUGGAUGAGUAUCCUGAGACUCCUUGGGAUGCACUAAAGUAUCUCAUUGCUGGAGUUAAUUACGGUGGUCAUGUGACUGAUGACUGGGAUCGUCGUCUGCUAACUACAUACAUUAACAGAUAUUUUAAUGAGGAUGUUCUUACCAGUGAUUUAUACAGGCUUUCUUCCCUGCCAACCUAUGUAAUACCACGAGAUGGCUCUCUCCAGUCCUACCAAGAUUAUAUAGCACUACUUCCAAAUGUCGACCAACCAGAAGCAUUCGGUCAGCACUCAAAUGCAGAUAUCACAUCUCUGAUUUCUGAGACAAGAAGUAUGUUUGAAACACUUAUGUCAAUGCAGGUGCAAGUAGCUGCUGGAGAAGGAGAAAGCAAGGAAGAAAAGGUUUUACAACUUGCUGCAGAUGUACUGUCAAAGGUGCCAAAUCCAAUUGACUAUGAAGCCACAGACAAACUAAUUGGCGCAGAAAAAACUCCACUGGAUGUAGUUCUUUUACAAGAAAUAUCAAGAUAUAAUGUGCUAUUGGUUUCAAUCCGACAAUCUCUUGAGGAUUUACAGAAAGGCAUUCAGGGUUUAGUGGUAAUGUCAGCUACUCUUGAGGAUAUUUUUGUCUGUAUUUAUGAAGGCAGAGUUCCUACUGAAUGGUUAAAAGCUUACCCAUCCCUGAAGCUGCUGGGUUCAUGGUCACGGGAUUUGGUUCUCAGAGUGGAACAUUUUGCGCAGUGGGCAGAAACUACACAUCCACCUGUCCUGUUCUGGUUGGCAGCUUACACUUUCCCCACAGGAUUCCUGACAGCAGUGUUGCAGACUUCUGCUCGCCGUUCGAAUAUUUCUAUUGAUUCCUUAUCAUGGGAUUUCACAAUAUUUGCCCCAGAUGAACGUUCAGGCCUCCAGCCACCUGCUGAUGGUGUAUAUGUUAGAAGUGUAUACUUAGAAGGUGCCGGUUGGGACUGGAGAAAGAUGUGUCUUAUAGAACCACAACCAAUGCAGCUUGUGUGCCCAAUGCCAGUUAUCCACUUCAAACCUAUGGAACAUCUGAAGAAGAAAAGCAGAGGUAUCUAUGUCUGUCCUUGCUAUUAUUAUCCAAUCCGAUGUGGUGGAGGUGGUCGUGAAUCUUUUGUUGUAGCAGUUGAUCUCAAAAGUGGCACAGAAAAUGCUGAUCAUUGGAUCAAAAGAGGCACUGCUUUACUUCUCAGCCUUGCCAAUUAGGUGAACUCUUUGGACACCUCAUUCCAUGCCUCAAGGUUUUUGUUGAAUCUGAGCACUUGAUGAUAUGUUCCAGACUUACUUUAUAAGCUCAUGAAUGUAUAUAAAAUAUUAAGUAAGUUGUAACUGUAGUGAUAAGUGCAGACAUAUCUAUUUAGUAUUCUACUGAUACUCAUUGGCACCCUUUUGUAAUUACCUAGAGUGUUUAUUUGGUAAUCAUUGUGAUACAAAUUUUGUAUUAUUAAAAUGUGAAAUUUUAUAAUAAACAUUUAAAAAAA